UUCUUUUAUUUCAUAAAUAAUUGAUAUGUGUUUUAAGUCUCAAUUGCAAUAAAUACAAAUGAAUACUUUAACAUUCCAGAAUAACUGUGAAAAAAUAACCUAUUCAAGUUUCAAAACUAUUUUUUUGCCUCCCUUUAUAGAAGCCUGCGAAUUUUUUGCGUUGUUUUCUGAAUUUUUUAAUCUCUAUUAGCAGUACAUGAUAAUGUAACGAGCUCUGAUUUUGAACUUUAUCUAUUCCAUAUUUGCACAUCUUAUCUGCGCCCAGCUCUUAUCAAGAUCUUAUCGAAAUCACUUUUACAGCAGAUUCAUUGCAUUUUGAUAACUGAAUUGGUGGAAUAAAUAUCUCUCCGUAAAAUGGCAUCGCCUCAGGUAGAAAAGAUUGUCAAUUUGUAUAGGACAUUAGCACGAAAUCCAUCCUUAAAUGGUGCAAAGAUUCUUCAAGUUAAGGAGAAUGAAAUAUCAAUUUUGGGUGGAUGGUCACAAAGGAACUUGGAAAGAAGGAUGAAUCAAAAGUUCUGUCAAAACUAUAUUUUGGAUUCAAAAUUACAACUUCUAUCUGAAAGUUUUCCUAUUGAUAUUACAACAGAACUUUUAUCUGCAUCUACUGAGGAUGAACAGCGAAGAGCAGUAUUAAGACAAGCUACAGUUGAUAAUACUACAAAACAAUUCAUUGAAAUCUGGGAUAAGCACAAGCUUGUAAAGAAUUAUGACUUAGCUGUCUUAGAUGUUCAUGGAGAUGUGUACACAGACUCUGAAUUUUCUUCAUUCGAGUGGUCACCAAAUCAAACAAAAAUUCUGUAUAUUGCAGAAAAGAAACUUCCAAAAUCGAAACCAUUUUAUAAACAAAAAUCUCUUAAUUCGGAAGAUAAGGAUAAGAAAGAGGAGAACGAAGCAUCUGCGGGUAAUGAAUAUCUUUACAAAGCUCAUUGGGGAGAACAAUUAGUUGGUAAACAUAAACCAGUGGUUGCAGUUCUCGAUACCACAACAGACACAAUAUCAACCCUCUCAAAUAUACCUGAUGAACUAUCACCAGGUCAAGUAUUAUGGAUGAAUGAUAAUCAGGGAAUAAUUGGUGUAGCAUGGAAACAUGAACCAAGGCAUUUAGGUCUUAUUGCAUGUACCAAUAGACUGUCUUGGAUAUUUUUGUGGAAGAAUGGAGAAUUCAAAAAACUCUCUAGUGAUGGAUGUGCUGUUCGUUGUCCCCGGCUCAGCCCUAAUGGGAAAAACUUAAUUUGGUUGGAAAGAGAAGCUGGUGGUGCACACAACAAUGCUCACAGGCUAAUGCAUUUAGAUAUUGAGUCCAAAAAACAAAUGGUCAAUAUACUCAUAGAUAUCGUACCUACUAGUAUAGCUAUUAAAAAUUCUAAGCAAUUCUAUGGUUUAUAUGGUCGGUUAUCACGUCGAUGUUGGAGCGACGACUCAGAAUAUAUAUUUUUAAGUACACCUCAACAAAAUAAUAUACGCUCAUAUAUCGUUGAUAUAAAAGCAAAGGCUGUAAUCGAGAUUCUGAAUGAUAAAAGCAGCCUAACUAUUUUGGAUGUGAAGAACGACGUUAUCGCAUUCUUGCAAACAUCUCUCUUAGAUCCUACUGUCCUUGUAGUUGGAAAAUUUGACAUAAAGGCAAUUGAUGAUGGUGGCAUACCAAGAAGUAAAAUCACCACUUCUACAACGAUUCCUGGUUCCGAGAACUUAAUGUACGACCUCUGCGAUUAUGAUUACGAUAAUAGCGACGACAUUAAACACUUCAAUUACAUUUACUUUGGACCAAAGGGUGGGGAUGACAAAUCUGUGCCAUUAAUCAUUACACCACAUGGUGGACCUCAUAUGAAUUAUGCAAACCAGUUCGUACUGGAUUAUUAUUUGUUUGUGUUGUCAGGUUUUGCCGUUGUGCAAGUUAACUAUCGUGGCUCAGCUGGAAUGGGUUCUAAGAAUGUUGAGUACCUUCAAGGAAAUGUUGGAAACGUUGAUGUACAAGAUUGCGUAACUGCUACAAAAGAAGCUUUGAAAAGAUAUCCAUGGUUGAAUCCGGAUCAAAUAGGAAUCACCGGUGGAUCACACGGUGGAUUUUUAGUGACUCAUUUGAGCGGACAACAUCCAGACCUCUACAAAGUUGUCGUCGCGAGGAACCCAGUAAUCGACAUCGCCGCCAUGUUUACGAUAUCAGACAUCCCAGACUGUCGCAAUGCUUUGACUAAGGAAGAGAAAAUUAAGUACCAUCACGAUGUGUGUUCCGCUGAGGCGAAUUAUCAUUUCGACGAAAGCAAGCUGUUACCGGAGGAAGCACAAGUUGAAAUGGUUGUGAAAAUGUUCAAGUGUUCUCCGAUCAUUCAUGUUGGCAAGGUCAAGGCGCCAACUUUAUUAUGCAUAGGCUCAAACGAUUUGCGAGUGCCACCAUCUCAAGGAAAGCUGUGGUAUCAGCGACUCAAAGCAAAUAACGUUAAGACAAAACUGCUCCUUUACGAGGACAAUCAUCCUCUAGCUACAGGACCAGUGGAAAUUGAUAAUAUUAUUAACACAUGUUUAUGGUUACACGAACAUAUCAGUCCAGAAAAAUCCGAGGGUGUAAACUCGCAAGAAUAGAAACUGGAUGAAUAUUAAUCAUUUUUUAAGAUUUUUAUUACAAAUUUAAUAUUUACACAAAUUUGCCGUGUAUACGUGUAUAAAGAGAUUCCUAACAAAUAAAUUUUUUAGAUAUUCA